AUGGAGCAGGAGGCCUCCGUGCUUAUGACCCAGGCCGCCAAAAGAAGGUCCAUGGUCGAGAGAGCCCGUGGCUUCCAGAAGGCCGAGAGCAGCGAGGAGCGAGCAAAAAGGAUCAGCAGCAUGAAACAGAGGAUGCCGUGCAAUGCUUGCCGGGCCCACGGCAAGACGGUGUUUGGGCACUGGCAUUCCGAUAAGGAGUGCCCUUACUUCGACGAGACAAAGAAGAAGAAGGACAAGAGUGCCUUUAUCACGGAGAACGGCGAUGCAGCUGAGGAUCACGCGGCCUUUGUGGUCGGACAAGCCAGCUCCGAGGAAGAGGGCGACCAGGACGACGACGCCUUUCUGGUGCAUGGCACGGGCCUUGGGCAAACCUGCUUGAGAGAAGAGAGUAUCAAUCUGGGCCUGUCCGACACGUGCUGCGCCAAGACUGUUGCUGGAAGAGAGUGGGUGAGAAACCACGUUGAGAAGCUGAAAGAACACGGCCUCCCCUUCAAGUACCUGUCAGAGCGGGAGCCCUUCAGAAUCGGCGGUGGUCCGAAAGUCUUCUCUUCCAUGGCCUUGGUGUUCCCGCUGUGCAUUCCAGGUUGCCGAGUUCCUGUCAUGUUGCGCACGAGCAUUGUUGAUCAAGAUGUGCCACUGUUGAUCAGUCGGGGUGCUCUUCAGGCAAUGGGAAUGAUCAUGAACUUGGUCGACAGCAGCGUGCGGUUUGAAAAGCUGGAUUGCUCCACGGGUUUGGUGACCACCUCUACUGGACACGUGGGUUUCCACAUCAUGUCGAAUGACGCGCAGGCCUGGCGAAAUGGGGUCGACUGGGCCAUGGCGGAGAUAAAGAAAGAGGCGGAGAUCUUCUUCGCUGAUGAGUCGGGUGGCCAAGCUCGUCUCAGGACCGGGGCAGCCAGUGACAGGGCAGCGCCAAAGAAGAAGCAGGAGUUCAUCGACCGGAUCCUCGAAUCCCCGAAGAUCAACCUUGGAGCCAGCGACUUGCAAGCAAUGUCCCUGGACAGGAUCAAGGAGAUCUAUCGAACUUUGAAGCCCAAGAAAGAAGCUGGACCCUUGCCGGUCGGGUGGAAGAGGGGCGCCGUGGAGACGCUUCGCAACUUUUACAUCGAGAAGGUUGCCACUUACUAUCUUCGGGACAAGAACGAGCGUUGGAAGGAGUGGACCAAGAGCCGUUUCACCCUGGAGAUCGAGAUGUACGAGGCGGACGUCGUGGAAGAGCUGGCCCUAACCGGGACAACGGCAGCCAAGAUGACCACCGGGGCGAGCGCCUCGGACAAUCCUGGCCCACUGGCGCCGACAUGCCCGACUUGCGGCGUAGAGAUGUUGGAGAGAACGAACCGCGUGACGGCGGGCGGUGCCCGAGGAGGAGUCCCCGACAACGGUGGCUAUCCCAGGUCUCCCGAUCCAUCCGUAGUCGAUUCACAGGCUUCUUGGCAGCAGGUGAGCGAGCGCAUGGCGACCUCCAGCGACGGCCAUGCAGAUCAGAAGUACAAUGUCAACCUCACCGAGGCGGAGAUGAAAGCCUUGACGGAAAGGCCAAGAUCUCUCGUUCAUAUGAAGCGGGGAGUCGCAAAGCGGCUCAUGGGCAAUGCGUACAGCAUUUUGCUGACCUUGUCUGCGGAGCAGCCUCGACUUGUGGUUUUUGAUUGCCCCAAGAUCCCCACUGGCGGGGACACGAAGGACGUGACCAUGGGUGCUGAUGGAUCAGAUCAAGACGAAGAAGAAGGUCGUCUUGGAGAAGAUGGUGUGACGUUUAACGUACCACCUGGCCGGUUCGUAUUCGUUGUGGAUAUCCGGGGUGGCGUGAUGAUUACGAAGGGGGGCCUUUCCUCUUGUCGCAUAAUGCGUCCACGUUUCGUACUCCGGAACGAGUUUGGGGCUUGGAAACAGCUUGAAAGGGCAGUUCGCUGGGAAAGCCUCGAUGAUCCCAAAGCGUCUAUUUUCGACGGGGCAAAGGCACGUCUGUGCGUGCAGGGGCAGUUCGAUCCCGACUGCGCGUCGGGUGAAGUGAAAGUCGAUGCCCCCACCAUCCAGAAAGUCACCUUCAUGUUUCCUUUUGGUGAGUGGUCCAAUGUGGCUCGUGAAAAGAAGGUCCGUUAUUGUGGCAAAGAAGUUUGCGUUGAAAAGAGGAAUGGAAAACAAUGCAUUGUCUUGAAACAGAAGGACUUUGUUCUUGGUAAGCUUGACUCCAUUCCUCUCAGCGCUGACCGUAAGCGUCAGCCAGACAGCGCAGCUACUGGAUUAGAGCGGACGGACUUCAGAAGCACCAUCGGCAGUCUUCAGUGGCUCAGCACUCAAAGCAGACCGGAUAUAUCCUUUGAAGUGAAUCAACUGCAGAAGCGGAUACCGGAUCUGAAGGUGUUUGACCUCUUGAGAGCCAAUGCGUUGGUGCGUGAAGUCAAGAACAGUGACUCUGUCGAGCUUGUUUUCGAAAACCUCGGAAGGGGCUGUGAGGUUGUGGUGUCGUGUGUGAAUUUGAUGACAGAGAAUGGCAAGAAAG